AUGUCGCGCUGCAACCCAAAGAAUUGGAACUUCGACAUUGAUCGAUUCCUCAACCCCUUCGUGCCGCCUCCGCCAUGGGCAUACAUCCCAUAUCCCAUCGCACACUUUUUUGGGUACCGGAAGAAUAAACCAGCAAAUGUCGGCAAUCUCGUUCCAACGUUUUGGGCCUGUAUUGGCGUAUUUUGCGGUGUUGCCGUCGUCGCCAAGGUCUCACACCAAAUACCAUCCUUCCGAGAACAUGGCGCCCCCAUCAUCGUUGGCAGCUUUGGCGCAGCCGCUGUUUUAGAGUUUUAUUCCAUCGAGUCACCCCUUGCUCAGCCCCGUAACUCAGUACUCGGCCAACUUCUUGCCGCGCUUGUUGGAGUUGCGAUCUGCAAACUGUUCCAGCUAAGCCCGCACUUUCAGGAGGUCCGCUGGUUGGGCGGUGCCCUGUCCUGUGCCUUAGCGACGACCGUUAUGGCGCUUACCAAGACGGUUCAUCCUCCGGCUGGCGCGACGGCGCUCCUUGCUGUUGUCGACGACCAGGUUGUCCGGCUGGGAUGGUUCCUGAUACCCAUUGUAUUACUUGGUUGCAUCGUGAUGCUCGUCGUCGCACUAAUCAUUAACAAUAUUCAACGGCGAUUCCCGCAAUAUUGGUGGACGCCCGAGGAUGUCCGGCUUCAUCCUGUUCCGUGGAGGCGGCGGCGAGAAGACGAGGAAAGCCAGGGUAAGGCUGAGGCAGAUGAGGUCGAAUCGACUUCUACGGUAAAACCAGACUCGGUAUUAAUUAUGAGGCCUGGAGAAGUGAUAGUCCCUGAACACAUGUUCAUCACACCAGAGGAGAAGAUGUUUUUGGAGGAGUUAAGUAAUCGGCUCUAA